CAUAUACACAAUAAAAUAUGAGUUCUUCAAGCAGUGAAAGCGAACGCAGUUCGGAUACUGAAAACUCAGAUAUGGCAAAUGAAAAUUUACUUUCGAAUUCCGGCGAUGAGGAUACAAUUGUGGCUAAUUCAGUUGUAAAUCCUUACGAAAAUGAACCUCUUGCGAACGCAGUCGGAGAGAAUUUUGUGUCGGUCGAAGAAGACGCAGAUGGCUUAGAACCUCGAACAUUGGAAGCGAGGUUCGAAGGAACCGUUCAGUUAGAUAAGUGGUGUGCAUGUAGCUUGUGUCGUACUCAACUGCUGACAGAUGCCAUUGAAUACCGUUGUUGUCAAGAGGUUGGGCCUACUUUACAUAAACUGGUAUUCGAUGGUAGCAUUGAAAAAAUUAGCUGUGUUACUCUUCACGAAGAGUACACGAUUAUGACACAUGCUACAGUCUUGAAGAAUGUUGGCUCACUUCUAAGAGACCAAGAUGGAAGGUCAUACAAGCGUCGUAGAAUACAUGAAAAUGAAUACUUGAGAGCAGUUGCAUACCGUUGGGUCAUUCGAUGGCUGUGUGGAUGCCUUGGUUGGGAAAAUUCUAGACCAUUACCUGCAUGUAUCUACACAGACAUCCGAAAACGAUUUCCAUUACGAAAUCCCCUAGGCCAAGAACAUGCUGGCUACAAGUCAGCACAGGAAAGAAACUGAUAGAAAAUGCACUGGCCAUACCUAUUAUACAUGGUAGCAUGAACAACUUACAUGUGGGAAACAAUGGUGUUGAAGAUAGUUGUUUCCUAUCCAAAUGCCGUUGGAUUGCCUCAGUUUUGGAAAUUCGAUCCGAGAACGUUUUGUUUAAGGCUUCUGGGACUUUUUCCUUAUACUUCUUAAAUAUGUUGUCCAUGGAUUCCUCACAACUAAGAACCAUGACAUUUUUGAUUUCAUUAACAUAGUCUGGAAAAAUGACAAGUGGUUAGAUGUGUAAGUCAAGAGUACCAAUG